AUGGGUGAGGUCGUUCGUGAAAAGGUCCAAGAUGGACUGACCGGGGAAACGAAGGAGAUCUCCUACUCACAAUGCAAAAUUGUCGGCAAUGGGUCAUUCGGUGUGGUUUUCCAAACCAAGAUGAUGCCCAGCGGCGAGGAUGCUGCGAUUAAACGAGUCCUCCAAGACAAGCGUUUCAAGAACCGUGAGCUACAGAUCAUGCGGAUUGUGCGCCAUCCCAACAUAGUUGAGCUGAAAGCUUUCUAUUAUUCCAAUGGCGAGCGCAAGGACGAAGUGUACUUGAACCUUGUCCUUGAAUAUGUCCCGGAGACUGUGUAUCGGGCCUCGCGGUAUUUCAACAAACUGAAAACGACCAUGCCCAUGCUAGAAGUCAAACUUUACAUUUACCAACUGUUUCGUUCCCUGGCGUACAUUCACUCCCAGGGCAUCUGCCACCGCGACAUCAAACCCCAGAACUUGUUGCUCGAUCCCAACAGCGGUAUUUUGAAGCUCUGCGAUUUCGGUUCCGCCAAGAUUCUUGUCGAAAACGAGCCAAACGUGUCAUACAUCUGCUCUCGCUACUAUCGCGCCCCAGAGUUAAUCUUUGGCGCAACUAACUAUACCACGAAGAUUGACGUAUGGUCGACUGGCUGUGUGAUGGCCGAGCUGAUGCUUGGACAACCCCUCUUCCCGGGAGAGUCGGGGAUUGAUCAACUUGUGGAAAUCAUCAAAGUGUUGGGAACGCCAACUCGUGAGCAGAUUCGCACCAUGAAUCCCAACUAUAUGGAGCACAAAUUCCCUCAGAUCAAGCCACACCCGUUCAAUAAGGUCUUUCGACGGGCUCCCCACGAGGCCAUUGACCUGAUCUCCGCUCUGCUCGAAUACACGCCGACCCAGCGUCUUUCUGCCAUCGAGGCUAUGUGUCACCCAUUCUUUGACGAACUCAGAGACCCCAACACCAAGUUGCCUGACUCCCGGCACCCCAACAGCUCGUCAAGGGAUUUGCCCAAUCUCUUCGAUUUCUCUAAACAUGAACUCUCUAUCGCACCGGCCAUGAACUCGCGACUCGUCCCUCCCCAUGCCCGCCCCACGCUCGAAGCUCGUGGGUUAGAUAUCGAUAACUUCACACCCCUUACGAAAGAUGAAAUGAUAGCACGCCUCGAUUGA